AUGCGCGCAUACACCCUCCCACGAGCAACUAUCGCUUCAAUCCGCCGCGGCACCCGCUCCUACUCCGCCGCAGCCGCCGAGUCAACCCUCCAGGUCGAGGACCGCGACCGCAUCCGCUGGAUCACUCUCAACCGCCCCAAGUCGCUCAACGCACUGGCCGUCCGCGACCUCGAUGAUCUCGCCAAGGCGGUCGAGUCGGCAUCAAGCGACCCCGCGAUCCGCGCCAUCGCGCUGCAAGGAGCUGGCCGCGCGUUCUGCGCCGGGAUGAACACGCACGCCUUUGCCGGUCUCGACCGCGCCGGCGCGCGAGAGGUCAUUGCCAAGGUCGGCCGUGCGGUCGGCUCCCUGCGCGUCUCGCCCAAGCCCACCGCUGUGCUCAUGCACGGGUACUGCCUCGGCGCGGGGUUCGAGAUGGCGCUCGCUGCCGACUUGCGCGUUGCGCUGCCCGGCACCAAGGUCGGCCUGCCCGAGACAAAGGUCGGCAUCCCCAGCGUCCUUGACGCCGCGCUACUCCGCGAUCACGUCGGUCUGUCCCUCGCCAAGGAGAUGCUUCUCAUUGGAGACGUUUACCCGAUCGAGCAUCUCGGACGGCACUUUGUCAACGCCGUCGGCGGCGAGGAAAGCGGCGGCCUGCAAGCUGCCGCGGCACACCUCCUUGCCAAGGUCACCGACCUCAGCCCAGUCGCUAUGAAGGCCCAGAAGGAGCUCAACGAGAUGUGGAUGAACACGCCAUUGAAGGAGGCCAUCGACAUCAGCAUCGACGUCUUCGCCGACGUGUUUGUCGACCCAGCAACUCACGAAGCCAUCCAGGCCUACAAUAAGAAGCAGUGA